CACUAGAAGCCGAACCUUCUCAAUAUCAAACCAGAAGCCAAUGUGGGGACUGACAUCAAUAUAAUGCCUACUUGUCCCACAAGCCUGAUACUGAAUCACACAUAAACUUCCUGAGAGAUCAGAGCCAAUCUCAAAUUUUGCCUUAUUAUGUCUAUCUUUCUCAGAAUAGCGCUAGCAUCAAUUGAUCAUACCUCCAGAAAAUAUUCUCUAAAGUUCAUGCGGGCAAGGAUAUGGCAGCGGCAACAGACCAGGGCGCUUCAGAUGUAGAGAUCACUAAUGAGCAGAGGUUUCCUGGAAAAUCUGCUGAGAAAAUCAAGAGGCUGCCAGGGAAAAUCUGGGGAAUGAUGUGGAAAGUGGGAAAGGAAGAUCCCAGGAGGGUCAUCCAUUCUUUGAAAGUCGGGUUGUCUUUGACAUUGGUCUCGUUGUUGUAUUUGAUGAAGCCGUUGUAUAAAGGGAUUGGCCAAAAUGCCAUUUGGGCCGUGAUGACCGUAGUCGUGGUGCUAGAAUUCACUGCAGGUGCAACUUUGUGCAAGGGACUUAAUAGAGGAUUGGGCACUCUUUUGGCAGGGUCCUUGGUAUUUCUAAUUGAGUAUGUUACAACGAAUUCUGGUCACAUGCUUCGAGCCAUUUUCAUUGGAGCCACAGUUUUUCUGAUUGGAGCUAUGGCUACCUACAUGAGGUUCUUUCCGUACAUAAAGAAGAACUACGACUAUGGUGUCGUGAUAUUUCUCCUUACAUUUAAUUUGAUCACAUACUCGAGCUACGACAUUCAUAAUGUGUUGAAGAUAGCCCAGGAGCGCCUUUACACCAUUGCCAUUGGGUGCGCCAUCUGCCUUUUCAUGACUCUGAUGAUAUUUCCUAACUGGUCGGGGGAAGAACUCCAUAAUUCUACAGUAUCCAAGCUAGAAGGCCUGGCAAGAUCCAUCGAAGCAUGUGUUAACGAAUAUUUCAGUGAGGCGAAGUUGACAGAAGAGGUGAAUGAACCAUUGGAGGAUCACAUAUACAAGGGUUACAAGGCCGUCUUGGACUCUAAGACUAGUGAUGAAACUUUGGCACUACAUGCUAGUUGGGAACCAAGGCGUAAAAGACGCUGUUAUAUCUCCCCGUGGCGGCAAUAUGUUAAAUUGGGAGCCAUUUUGCGCCACUUUGGUUACACAGUCGUCGCACUACAUGGAUGUUUGAGAACAGAAAUUCAGACUCCACUUGCAGUCCGUGCACUCUUCAAGGACCCAUGCAUUAGACUUGCCAAGGAGGUGCAAAAGGUCCUGAUGGAAUUGGCUGAUAGCGUGAGGUACCGUCGCCAGUGCUCGCCCGAGAUACUGUCCGAUCAUCUUCACGAGGCCUUGCAAGACCUAAACACCGCGAUCAAAUCCCAACCUAGGCUCUUCCUAGGUUCGAAUAAUAAUCAAACAUCAAACAUGCUUGCCGUGGCAGCUGCACAGGCCAGCCAAAAGAACCAAAAGGCCUCCAAAGUCUCGUUGCCCAGUGUAAAGACGGACAGCUCUGCCUUACUGGAGUGGAGGACCAAAAGGACUUCCGAGCAAUCGAGGGAGAAUGAGAGGAAAGUCCUGAGGCCACAGUUGAGCAAGAUCGCCAUCACAAGCUUGGAGUUCUCGGAGGCACUCCCCUUUGCAGCUUUCGCCGCCCUGCUGGUCGAGACGGUUGCAAGGCUCGACCUAGUGAUCGAAGAAGUAGAGGAAUUGGGACAGGUUGCAUGCUUUAAAGAGUUUAGACCCGAAGAUCAGAUCUCCAUCGCUUGCGAGCGCCCACCUGUGGGUGUUUGUCACAAUAAUUUGCCUUCCCAUGGAGCAGAAUAGGUUACAGGGUCACUGGGCAGUAGAGCCCUAGAAAAUUACGUAUUAGAGAGCUAGCCACGUUGAUUUGGCUUGUCAUCACACAUCUUUGGGAUUCAUUUAUUGGGAUCAUGUUCUUCAUGCAUUAGUGAUAUUUUUUUUUUGGUCGAAAAGAGCAUUUCAUUCAUUCAUUCAUCAGUAGAAGUGUUACAAGCGACACUAAGAGAAGAUUCUGAACAUAAAAUGUCCCACAGAGGUUGGGGGGCAAAGAUUUCCACCCUUGAGGAAGGGUCUUUGUGUGAUGUGCUUUCGCAAUCCAAUCGGCUGCUUGGUUGGACUCCCGCGGGAU